AUGGCGAUGGCCGCGCGGCCGCAGACGCCCUCACAGGAUGCAUACAUGAUCCCGCAACCCAGCGACCCAGGUGUCCUGAGUCGCCGAUACGGAUCCCAAUCCUCCCGACCUCACUCGUUCGCUGGCAGCUCAGCGUACUACGGAACGGGCGCCCUUGAACCAACCCAGGUGCCUCACAAUCCCCGGUUUAGGGAGGACUUCGAUUCCCCCAGCCGUCGCAGUUCGGUCGCACUCGAUAUUCCGGUACCGCAGCGCUCGGUUUCGCAAAUGUCCCGAGUGCGCUCGGAGACCCCGUCCCGUACGAGUACCUUACGAAAGAAGGCGUCCCUGAGUAAAAAGGGCAGCUUGCGCCGAAAUGGAAGCCGCCGCAGCAUGCGCGCAGGCAGUGUACGCAGUUUGAGCCUGGGGGAUCGGGAAAAAUACCACACCGAGGGCUCCGACGAUGUCAACAGUGCAUUCUCCGUGCCCAUACCAACCACUGGGAAUCCGACCGAAGUGCUGGCAACCCGGUUUGGAGCUUGGCGCAAGGUCCUCAAGGACUUGAUUCUUUUCUUCAAGGAGGUGCAAAAGUCCUACGAAACGAGGGCGAAGCUAUUUUUAUCGGCCUCUAAUGUCGUGAACAGCCAGAGCUUACCGACGGCGUUCCUGGAGUCUGGUGGUCUGGCUGACGCCACUGAGAUUCUCCGGGACUUCCACCGACAGGGUUAUACCGAAGCCAACAAGGCUGUCGAGGUAGAGGUGGAGGUGAUCAGCCAAUUGACUGGUUUACGUAGCGAUCUACAGAAAAAGACCAAGGAGAUCAAGAACCUCUCGGGUGAUUUCAAAAAUACCGUCGAGAAGGAGAUUGACGGCACCCGCAAAUCUGUACGGAACUUGCACGAAGCUCUUGGGCUUGUUGAUAACGAUCCUUCGGCAACAUCCGGCAAAGGCGAUCCAUUCAUCAUGCGCCUACAGGUGGAGAGACAGGUUGAGAAGCAGAUUGAAGAAGAAAACUACCUACACCGGGCCUUUUUGAACUUGGAGAACUCCGGCCGUGAGCUUGAGUCGAUUGUUGUGAGUGAGAUCCAAAAAGCAUACAAUGCUUACGCCAGUAUCCUUCGUCGCGAGGCCAAUGAGGCUCUCGAUACUGUAGAGAAGCUUCAGGCGGGCCCGAUCUCCAUGCCCCAGGACCACGAGUGGAACUCGUUUGUCGCUGACACCGACGAGCUUGUUGAUCCUCGGAUUCCUCUCCGCAAUGUGGAGAACAUCACCUACCCCGGCAAGGAUCAUCCGGCGGCUGCCGAGAUCAGAGCUGGAAUGUUGGAGCGCAAGAGCAAGUAUCUCAAGAGUUACACCCCUGGAUGGUAUGUGCUGUCGCCGACGCAUCUCCAUGAGUUCAAGUCCGCGGAUCGUGUGGCAUGGCAGACGCCAGUGAUGUCGCUCUAUCUGCCCGAACAGAAGCUCGGCUCCCAUUCACAGGAAGACUCAAGCUCUCACAAAUUCAUGCUGAAGGGCCGGCAGACCGGUGCGAUGCAUCGGGGCCAUUCGUGGGUCUUCCGCGCCGAGUCGCACGAGACCAUGAUGUCCUGGUACGAGGAUAUUGAGAGCCUGAGUAACAAGACCGGCGAAGCACGCAAUGCGUUCGUACGCAAGCAUGUCCGCAGCGUGAGCGGCAGAUCAAUGAACAACGAAGUGAUGGAGGAUGACGAGGCUGACCGCACCCCAUACUCCGCGGGCUCUGUCGUCUUGGCCUCUGAACGACCAAUGUCUGCCACUCGCCAACCCGGGGGUGCCUUUCCCAGCGAUGUCCAGAUCGACCGUAAUCUCCAGGCACCCCUUUCUCCAUCCAGCGGGGACAGCUCCGCAGGUAGAGACAUGCUAGUCGCGGCCGGAUCAUACCAUGAUGGGCCCAGUAACUUUGACGACCGCUCACGGCCACCGGGUAGCCGCGAGAGCAGUUCCUACCGACCCUAUCCACGAAACGAGGAGUCGACGGAACGAUCUCGUCCCCCGAUGACCCAACACGAUAGCUAUUACGGUGACUGGAUUGGACCGGCAGCGAUAGUCGCAAAGCAAAAGCAGGAACAGCCGCCAACCUCGCACCCAGAGGAGAGAGAUAUUCGGUCUGACGGAGAUGCCGCUUCUCUUGCUGCGAUCUCGAAUGCCGGUAUCGCUGAUCGUCGUGAUCACUCGGCUCCUGCCCAGGUGAAUCGUCGAGAAAGCGUCUCAACGGCACCUACCAACACCAACACUACGGACUACACUAACAACACCAACGCUACCUCUGUCGACGGGAAUCAAGAGGUUCCCAAGAUUCUGGCUGCCGGUGUCCCAUACCGUGACUCAGAAGAAGAUUCAGCGCAAUUCCAUGGUGGUGUCCCUGGCAAAAUCCCCCCUGAGCUUCUUCGUCCCAAGACGGACAGCAUUGUCGCCCUGGAUAUGAAGAUCCCCGGCCGCUAUCCUGCUACCAAUGUGGCUGCAUAG